CGCAUGUCAAGUUAAUUUAUCAAUACCCGCGGAGAUAGCUUAACUACAUCGGCGUGUUACAAAGAUGUCUUAUUUCGAGCAUAUUUUUAUAGACUAUGACAACACCUCGGACGACUCCGGGGACUACGGUAUGGAAUCGGAAUUCCAGGAGGUAUGCGACCGAGUCAGUGAUGAAGAUUUUCAAAGGAUCUUUUCACCAACAGUGUACGGAAUAAUAUUCCUUUUAGGAAUCAUCGGAAAUGGACUUGUUGUGAUAGUAAUGGGCUACCAGAAAAAGGUCAAAACGAUGACUGAUAAAUACAGGCUCCAUCUCUCUGUAGCCGACCUCCUAUUCGUCCUCACGCUACCUUUCUGGGCGGUGGAUGCAGCCAGCAGUUGGUACUUUGGCGGUUUCCUCUGUACUACUGUGCACGUGAUCUACACCAUCAACCUGUAUAGCAGCGUUCUUAUUCUGGCCUUUAUCAGCAUGGAUAGAUACCUGGCAGUGGUGCGUGCCACCAACAGCCAAUCCACCAGAAAGCUGCUUGCAGACAGGGUGAUCUAUGUGGCUGUAUGGCUACCUGCUGCUGCUCUCACAGUGCCUGAUCUAGUGUUUGCCACAGCUCAGGCAGCAAACUCCAGAACCAUCUGCCAGCGCAUCUACCCCCAAGAGAAUAACUUGUACUGGGUGGCUGCUUUCCGUUUUCAGCACAUUCUGGUAGGCUUCAUCCUGCCUGGGUUGGUCAUCCUCACAUGUUACUGCAUCAUCAUCGCCAAGCUUUCCCAGGGCGCCAAGGGUCAAGUUUUGAAGAGGAAGGCUCUCAAGACCACAGUUAUCCUCAUCUUGUGCUUCUUCAGCUGCUGGCUGCCGUACUGUGCGGGGAUCUUUGUGGACACCUUGAUGUUGCUCAAUGUGAUCUCACAUAGCUGUGCCCUGGAGCAGAGUCUGCGGACCUGGAUCUCAAUCACAGAGGCUCUGGCAUACUUUCACUGCUGUCUCAACCCCAUCCUUUAUGCUUUCCUAGGUGUAAAGUUUAAAAAAUCUGCCCGCAAUGCUCUGUCUGUAAACAGUAGAAUGAGUCAUAAGAUACUGACUAAGAAGAGAGGACCUAUUUCAUCUGUAUCCACUGAGUCUGAGUCCUCCAGUGUAUUGUACAGUUAACAGUCCUGAACAUGUGACUUUUAACCCUCAUAGGGAAAACUAAGCUUUAUUUUUCAGGGACUAACUACACAGUGUACAGUUUUAAACACUUUUCAUACCUCUUUUGUAAGCUUUUUCUAUUUGAAGUUGCCACUUUUUUUCAUUUCUGUAAAAAUGUUUGUUCGCUGUAAAGAAAAUGUACAAAGAAUAUAUAAUGUGCAGGCAGUGCCUGCUGUCCAUUGACUGGUCAAAUGUACAUAUCAGUCUAGCUGCAGACACAUUUCCUUGUUGAGUAUGAUAAAGGGACGCUUUGUUUGAAAUAGACUAGGCAUCACUUCUUCAUAACUUAGGGAUUAUAUCUGUAGCAAUUAAAAGGUUUGUAGAUAGUUGUUUGCUUUUAUUUUUGCACUUAUGUUGUGCGAUAAGAAGCCAAUAUUUAUUGCGGUCGCUCACACUGAAUGUUUUUUUUUUAUAAUUAUUUUCUUAUUUAGUGUUUUUGUAUAAUUUCAGUCAGUGGAGUUUUUGUUCCAGUGUUCUACAAUAAAAUGUUGGUAAAUUACAUGAAA